GAAAGACGGAGAUAGUCCAGCAAAGAUGAAGUUGUGAUGAAUCGGAAUUUUGUGUUUAACCAUCAGGAUAGGCCGAGUGCAUGGUCGAGGACUGCGAGCACCCUGAACAGGUGGCUGUGGGGGGCUCUCUGUUGUGGGGUUCCUGGGGUGCCGUGCUACUUCUGCACCUGCUGCGAGAGACUUGAGGAUGGAGGCCCCGAGAGAGAGAGACCCAGAGUUAAUCAAUCUACGGCCACAGCCGACCGCAUGGUGCGGCCACAUCGUCCACACGCGCCGCGCGGACGCAAGCACACGCCAGAAACACUGUCAGCCGUCCGAUGUGCACUGACGCAGCUCCAGGGAGAACCUGGGGUACCAUCCCCUACUGUCCCACCAGAAUACUCCCGACAUUCUCCCGAACCAGGUUGAAAAUAUAUAGAAACAUAUGCAAGCCAAUAACUGAGGAAAUCCAGGAUUUGAACUGGAUUUUUCGGCUUAGAAUUAGGAUUAUUACAAGCAUUUUAGUAUAACUUAGACUUUUGAGGGCAUUACUCACUUGUUACAGUGGGUCAAUAUACAUUUGUCCAUGUUCACAACAAUUAUUGACCUUUUUGUCUUCAGAUAAUACUUCAGGCUUAUUGUCAUCUGAUUUUUCAGAAAAAAGGUACCUAUUUGGUGUCGUAAAUUGUCAUUUAGGGCUUCAAAUACUUGCCUUUUUCGUAACUGUUCAUCAUCAUCAGCCCGUAUUCGUCCACUGCUGGAC